CUUUACAGAAUCAAGGGGAGUCUGGCACCUGAACUCCUUAAAGGAGGCGCAUCGCCAAGUAUCCGAGGCAGGGCAGCGCUCCUAUUGAACUUGGGGUGGGAUUUGCCACUUCGUCGUCUCUUCCCCUCCCCCGCCGCCGCCGCCGCCGCAUUUUCUCCUCCUCUCCCCUUUCCUGAAAGUCGCCGAGCUGCUUUGCGUGUCAACCGAGGACCGCGCCGGCAGAAGCAGGAACGAACGGAGAUGUCAGUAGCAACCCCUGCCUGACGCGCGGUGCCGCUGCUGCUCAGGCUCUCUUUGCGAGCGGCUCGGCUCCGUGCAUGGCCACCCGAGCGCUCGCUGCCUGCCCGGAUCGCCCUUCGAGCCCCUAGGCAGCCCGCGCCCCGACUCGGCGGGCAGAGAAGAAGCGCCGCCGCGGCUCCUGGCGCCAGCAGCAUGACAGAGGUAAUGAAUACACGUGAACCUGUGAUGGAGGAAUUUAUCUUGAGCCAACCUGAGGAAGAAGGAGGCACUUCCACUCAGGCUUUUCCGGAUGCCCAUGAAAAGUAUCCAAAACUGUCAAAGAGAUUACCAUCCAUUGUGGUUGAGCCCUCUGAAGUGGGGGAUGUUGAAAGUGGAGAGCUUCGUUGGCCGCCAGAGGAUCUGAAAUCGAUGGAAGACAAGAAGGCUCUUGCUGCUCAGAGAUCCUGUGCUCAGCAACACCAGAUGGAUCUUGAAAGUGCUUCAUCACACCAAGACAUUGGAGAUAGUACAAAAUGCAGUGAAAGCAGAACUGAGGAUGACUAAGGAACUUCAUUCAACGAACAGAAGCUGUGGUGGGACCCUAAUUGGAAAGCUGGCACAUUCCGAAGGCUUGUCAACAUGCUCUAUUUUAAAACCAUAGAAGGAUUUAAUUUUAGUUCUAUUAUUAGAUUAGUACAUGGCAAGAAAUUUAGGGGCUUUAGAACUGCUUCUUUUCAGGCUGGGAUUCUUAUCAUUACAAUUUCCUUUGAGGAAAAAUGGAGCACAUUAGGUAGGUAGUUCUUCCUGGUUCCUUUUGUUAAUGCCACAAAGGAAAAAUAGAAGCAAAACUAUUCAUAUCAAACACAAAAAAUAUAUCAAUUGCAAUUAGCACUUGUAAGUGAAAUUGCCUGUUAAAGAUAAAAGAGCUAUCUGGUAUUGAUACCAAGACACAGGGUUUGUUUGCUAUAGAAUAUAUUAAAUCAAUUAAACCUCUUUUGUUUUAGCCAUUUAAAACUAGCACUGUGAUAUUAUGGAUAAUAGAUGUAAUAUAAGGUCACCUUCUAACUUUGUACCUUUUUUGUAUAGAAAUGCAAGUUUCACUUUUAAAUCUGGAUUAAAUGGAAAAUUUAGGACUGCCUUUUUGUGGUGCACAGCAGGGAUCUGUACUUAUCCCUUAUCACUUUUUCUGUGCAAAUUCAAGUGAACCAGCUUUUUAUUAACACUGCAUUUGAAAGAAAAUGAAUUAAAAUUUAAGGAAUUCUUUACCAAUGUAAAUUUUGAAUGGAAAUAGCUAUUCAUUAUUGUUUGUGAACUGAGUUAGAUUUGUGAAACUUCAGCAGCCUUUUCUAUUGUUUGUGCAAAUAAUUUGUGACCCAAAUGCUAACCUGGUUUAAUUGAGCCUGUUUUAAAAGGGAAAAAGAGAACACUGCUUAUGUCAUUGCUGUUUUAGGACAUUUCCAAGGCAUUUGUAUAUAGACUCUGCUGAAAUUUUUAUCUAUACUUUUGGAUCAAAGACUAGACAGAAAUGGCCAGUAUAUACAUAAGAUGCAUUUUUAUGUAAUUAAUGAUGUCCAUCUGCUUUAUUUGCAUUAUUUAAUCUACUGUAGCCUUUUGCCCAGGGAGGGUCUUAUGUGGGGCCUCACGGUAGCAGUGAAUAGGAUCAAAUUGAUACAGCAGUUAUUCCCAAGAGUGUUUUCCAAUGCUUUAACUUCAAUGUGGUCACCAAAAUACAAUCUCCAGAACUGGGUAGAAGUCAUGACAAAGUGAUAUGAUGAAGCGAAGCGAUAUUUGUAUGGUGUUGAUUUCAAGAUAAAGUCUACUUGAUUUGAUGCUUGUAUUUUGAUGUCUUAGGAUGAGUUUUCACUAUUUUAUCACAAAGAAAGUUUUCUUUCUGUAAGGAAUUAAAUUGAAAUAAAGCUCUCCAGGGGAAAGAGAUGCUAAAGUACAUUUUAUGUGUAUAUGGUAGUAAUCAUAGCUCAGCUUAUGAAAACAAUAUUGGGAUGGGUGGGAAUGAUAAAUGUUCACUCGUGACUUAUAUAAAUAAUCAUUAUUAUUAUGAGCAUCAACCUUAAUGUGCUUGAAAACCAGCUAAGAUAAUUUUUAGAAGUCAAUUUUUUAAAUUUUAUUUUCUUAAUAUGGGGUUCAUGCUUUAUUUUAAAAGUGUCUACCAAUCUUAGAUUAACAGAUUGAAGUCUGUGUGGGCAUAAAAAGUUCUAAUAAGGAUUGGUCUAGAAAUAUGUGUGCAUAGGAAAUUACAGAGAUGACCUCAGAAAAGCAAUGUGGCAUUUAGCAAAACAUGAAUUUAGUCCCAGAAAGGAAAAAAAUGUUAGAAAAAACUUAAACUAACUCUGCCCUAAUUCUCUUAUAAGAAAGGAAAGAAAAAACAACAUUGGGCUUUCAGGAUUGAUAGGUCAGGUCAGGAAACAGAUAUCACAGGAAAUUCUAGAAUGCUACUGGUAUGAACUAUAAUAGCCGAAUCUUCAAAGCUUCUUCCUUUCCUGGGCUUCAUUCAUGUUAACUAAUUGAGGUGUUCCUUCUCCAAGGUCACCUCUGUGUCUCUCUACAGUGUAACAGAAAAGAUUUUAUAGUAUUCUGUUCUUUAGAGGGAUAAAGUAGCCUUCUGCUAAGUUAAAUCUUGUGAAAUUUUAUAAGGGGAAUUCUGUGUUUAUGGAGUAAAACUGAAGCUUUAACUUCAGUUACUCUUCUACACUUAUUCACUCAACCCACUUCUUCUAUCUGUCCCCACUUACAAUUCUUGAAAAGUGAAAAUGAAAACACUUAUUCUCCCUCAUUCCACAAAAAUGUCCUAAAUGUACAUCUACUGUUUUUAAGAAAAAGAGAAUUUAAAUUUGAUUGUAAACUUCCACUGUUAUGAUUGCUCUUCAGAUCAUAUAUACCAGUCUCACUUCUAAAAUGAGUAACAAUUCCAAAUUUUGUUAUAAUGAAUGAAAUUGGUUAGGUUUGGUCCCAAAAUGGGAUUUGCAAACAUGUUUCAUAUAUAUAUUAUCCUUGACAUUUUCUUUUUAGGAUCCUUUUCACUGCAUGAGGAUCACUACCAGUAUAAUGAAAAAUAUUUUAAUAGGAUCGUUCUAUAUAUAUUCUUAGUAACCAAAUUUUAAUAUGUUUAUUUAAAAACUGUUGUGUAACAGUAGCAGUAAGGUGGAAGUAUACAACUUUUUCUUAGACAAAGUGAGCAUAAUGCAGUUUAUGUAUGAAAGGUAAUUCAUUAUUUUGGGCGUUAGGUGGCUAGUGCUGGUUCCAUCAUGUAGGGUUGCUGUGUUGGAGAGGUUAUAUUUCCAAUAUAGGAUAAAGGACUCAACUUUUUUUAAUGUUUAAUGCAUCAAAGUAGAAAUCAAGAGUCCCACCUUAGGCACAAAGCCAGCUGGGUGACCUUAGGCCAGUCUUCUUGCCAAGAAACCUGCAGGGACUUAUCCAGGUAGUUGCCAAGAACCAAAACUGACAGGAAGGCACAAAAAUAAAUUAAAUAAAAUGGAUAGAAUGUGUCCUGUUAUGAUGGAUUUUAUUUUUUAAAAAAAUUGAAGUCAUAGUCUUGUCACCAAGUGAUCUUUUUGUUGACCGACUUAAAUUUAGCCCACCUCAGGUCUGGUGAAAAACAAAACCAAAUCUAGAAGUCAUAAACCCCAUUUAGCAAUUCUCUCUUAUAUAGUCUGCCAAAUGCUUUGAAUACAAAUUAUGCAGAAUAUGAUAACUAACGUAGUGCUUUAUAGCACUCUGUAAGUGGUUUAAAGAGUCAGCAUAUUGCCCCCAACAAUCUGAGUCCUCAUUUUAUCAACCUCAGAAGGAUGGAAGGCUGACUCAACCUUGAGCCGGACAGAAUCAAACUGCUGGCAGUUGGCAGAGUUAGCCUGCAAUACUGCGUUCUAACCACUGCGCCACCUGCGCAAGUGCACACUGGGGCUUCUAUCUGAUCCUUAGCUCAAAUUAGCUUGUGAGCAUUGUAUUUGCAAGAAAAUCCAGCGAGGUUCUACUCAAAAGUGAAUAUAUGUAGGAAUAUAACUUAAUUCCAAUUGUUCUCAACAGGACUUAAUGUAGUCUUGAUAAAGAGCUGAAUAUAAAUUUCAAAAUACUUUGUUACUUAAAAUGAAGGGCUGGGUGACAAUCCUCCAGCAUUUUUCAUCUGCCUCCAAAGCCACCUGCAUCAUUUCUUUUUGGAAUCCAUGUUCAUGCUAUUGUGUACAGACUCAGAUUGCAUUGUGCAGCUCUAAAUGUCUUCAAGGUGACACAAUUUAUACAAAAUGCUAGGAUAUAGGCUGAUGCAAUGAAAUUGAAUGGUAAGACAUUUGGCAUAGCAGAAGGAAGUAUUUCUUUGUAGAGUGCAUGACUCAAAGAUCUGGAAAUGAUGUUUAACUUGGACAGAUUUUAAAAAAGGAAAUAGAUAAAUUCAUGGAGAAUAGGGUAAUGAAUGUCGACUAAUCAUGAUGGCUAUAUAAUCAUCAGAAUCGGAGAGAGCAUUUUUCAGUAACAGUUGCUUAGAAGGCCAAAUGAGAGGAUGAUAUUGUGUUUGUGUCUUGGUUGUGGACUAAUCAUAAGCACCUCCAUGGUUACUGUAGGAACAUGCUGCUGAUCAAGAUAGACUGUUGGUUUGCUCCAGCUUCGCUUUUCUGAUCGUAUGCUAAAUGUAAAUGCUUUAAUUACAUUUCAUUAAGUAGCAUUUAAUUUGAAGAGAGGUAAAUUUUAUAAAUUAAUGAGAAAGGAAAGUGAUAAAACUUUUUCAGCAAUACAAAUGUUGUAUUCAAUGAUGCAUAAUCACAUAUAUGACAUUACUUUAUCUGUAUACCAGAGUAUUGUCCUGCCUACUAAACUUAACUGAUUUUUCUGUAUUUCCUUUGUUUUGGAUGAAAUGCUUUGUAGGAAGAGGGAAACACUCAGAAUAGUUGGUCAUAUUUUUGUAGACUAUUAAAAACAAGAUGUGGAUAAAGAUUUGAUGGACUAUAAUAUAUUGUUGGAUUCUGCACCUUUGUAACUUUCUUUUUCUUUUUUGUAAAUUGCCAUCUGUGUAUAAACUCCAAUAAUGCUAUGUCUUGCAGAUGUAAUUAAAUCAAUUAAAAGCCUACAUGGACGUAA